GGGACUACAUGUGCACAACUUGGCAUGGCUUAUAUUCCUCCGCACAAGCGCCAUUCGGAGAGCUCACCGGCGCCGGAGUCUCUUUUGAUCCCCCAGUUUCAGAGGAAUCUAAACUUGCGCGACGGAAAAUCAACCGGCAGGAGUGCUCGGAAGGGCAAGGAUUCGGGAGCUGGAAGUAAAAUUAUUUAUGCAGACACCGCGAUUUCUAAGUGGUUCUCGGUCGGCUUGCUCGACUCAGAUGGAUCGUCGUCCUUUUCAGCUCUCACCAGGCUCGAACCCGUAUCAGUGGAAUUCCUCGAGAGGAAAUUUGGUGAAAAGCCCUUAGCGUUGGUUCUAAAAGAUGCUGGUGAGAGAGAAGCUGUGUUUGUGGACAAACCGUGGGUUUGCGUGGCUGAAAAUGUGAAGCGGGACUUGCUUUCAUCAUUUCAAAGGGUGAGAAAUGAAAUGGUUGAAAAUGCACGUGAAGAAGUAAAGCCAAGUCUAGUUGCCCGUAUUGGAAGAAUUCUGUUUCAUGGGAACCCUUCAUCUUUAGAAUGUGUGAGAAGAAACUUGUUAACUGAAAGCAGUUUGAGAACAUUGAAAAAAUCCUUUUACACUAAUGUUCCUCCUACGUAUAUGGAACAUGUAACAAACAAAAUUGUUCAAGAAAUUGGACUUAAUGUUGAGGAAGAUAAGGAGAUCUACCAUGUGAAGAUUUCUGAUAACUUUCGACCUGAUUCGACUAUCUCCUGUAAAUGUCAUGUGGGACAUGAUAAAAAAAGCAUUGAACUCUACAAGAUUGAACUAAACCAAGUGCGCCACAUGGUUGAGGACAUAUCCUGUCUUGGGAAGAGCCUAGAUCUAAGGCUGAUGCUCUGUACCAAGAGAAUCAUGAUAGCUUUGACUAAUGACGAAAUAGAUGGCAUAAAAGCUCUAAUUUCUUCUGCCGUUCUGGAUUCGGAUGUUAAGGGUGGGCUUCGAUGGCCCCUUGGGAAGAAUUCUUCGGGAGAUCGAUACACCAUAGUUGGUGUAUGGCAUACUAAUGCAAAAACAUAUAGAAAUUCAUCAAUCAGGCUUAAGGUUCGACAUGCAGAUCGAUUUGAUUUCAGAACUUCAUCUGGUGAGGUUGCAGGAGAGGUUACUCUGAAAUUGCAUGGAAUUGUAUCCCAAAUACAGGAUCAAACAUGCGAAAAUGACCCAGUGUUCCAAAUGCUUGGAGACAACAUAAAGUUGAUUUGGGAUCACUUUCUGUGUUCUGGUUCUUGUAUCUGAACUGCACUCCAUAUGGUCUGUGCUAGCUUAUCAAUGUACAUAUCAAUAACCUGGGGGUGUAAUUGAGUGGAAGGGACUCAUCUAUUCUUAAUCAAAGGUCAAGAUCCUUGGCUUUGGGUGCCUACAAUCCAGCAGCGAGGGGAUUGGUCACUGUGUCCGACGGUGGGGAAAUAUUGAGUAUACCCAAAAAA